CUAUAAAGGGGAGCUGAAUCAUCAUCCAUUUUGAAGCUAACUUGUUGGUAUUCGCUAUUGGAUUAGCACUGAUUUCUUGACAUAUUUGUGGAUCGAUUCCGACCUAAUUUUCAGAAAAAUGGGUGGUUGUGCUGCACCAAAUUGUUCGAAUCAGUCUAAAAAUAACUUUAGGAUGUUUCGUUUCCCUAGAAAUGAAGAAAGACGAAGAAAAUGGAUAGUUAAUUCUCGUCGAGAUCAAUGGAUCCCGGGCCCAGGAGCGUAUCUUUGUGAGGUACAUUUUGAAGAAAAUCAAUUUGAAUGCUCUAGGCAAGAUGGGCGUAAAAAACUCAAGCCCAAUGCUGUGCCAACUCUUUUCAAUGUGCCUAAUCCCCCACAACUGUUGACCCCACAGCGUCUAAAAGGCAUUGGUUUACCAAAGCACCGUUCAGUUACAUCCAAUUUUUGUAAUGGUGGCUUGCUGCACAGUUUACCUUUAUCAACUGAAGCGAUUUCUGUUGCUGAACCAUCUGUUGUUCAUUUGCCACAACCUUCAGCUUCAUAUUUUGGAGAAAUAAAUUUUGCUGCCGAAGUAUCUGAUGUAAAUUGCCAUUUUGCACUUCUAAAAAAUUUUAAUAGUUUUUUAACAUCUAUUCGUAAACUGUACUAUGUUUUUUUUAAAUGUUUCCAUCUUCAUAAUCAUGCACUUUAUUUCAUUUCACCAGUGGUUGCAAAUGUGUACAUUACAGUACAUCUCAGGUUUGUUUGCAAGAACAAGCUUCAACUUCAUCUUGUGAUAAAAUGCCAUCUAUUUGUGAAGGAUCUCAUGUUUGUUUGCAAGAACAGCCUUUAGCCUCAUUUUGCAAUGAAAUACCAUCUAUUUGUGAAGGCUCUGAUGAUGUUCUUUUAAGGAAUUUUAUAAAACAGCAGACUGAAUUGAUCUCGCUUCUGCAAUGCCAGAACAAAAUAUUACUGAAAGAACUUACAGCAACCAAAAAAAAAAAAAAA